AUGGCUGGCUAUGGUGAUUACUUGCCAUUCUUGGCCAUGGUGCUUGUCCAAAUGAGCUAUGCAGGACUGAACAUCAUUUCAAAGCUUGCUAUCGAAUCUGACAUGAACCCUCUUGUUCUUGUUGCUUAUCGCCAAGUUUUCGCCACCCUUUCCAUUGCCCCCUUUGCUUAUUGGAUGGAAUGGAAAACAAGACCCAGGAUCACAAUGCCUAUUCUUUUCCAGACUUUUCUAUGCUCUUUAACUGGGGCAACUGCAAAUCAGGUUUUCUAUUUUGUUGGUUUGAAAACUUCGACCCCAACCAUUGCAUGCGCAUUGACCAAUACACUUCCAGCAAUGACAUUUAUCCUUGCACUCAUUUUCAGACAAGAAUCUGCAAAAAUAAAGAGCAAACCAGGAUUGUCAAAGGUGAUGGGAACAGUUGUGUGUGUGUCUGGAGCCAUGCUGCUUUCAUUUUACCAUGGACACAUCAUUGGCUUAGGUGAGUCCAAAAUUCACUGGGCAUAUGCUCAGAGAAUGGGAGAGCAGGCAAAUUCCAGCUCCAAUGGAAGUUCCUUUGUGGGCCCCCUUUGUGUAAUCAUAAGCACCUUAGGUUGGGCAUUCUGGUUCAUAAUCCAAGCAAAAGUGGGGGAGAAUUUUCCAGCUCCUUAUACAAGCACCACAUUGAUGUGUUUGAUGGCCAGCUUUGAGUGUGGGAUCAUUGCUGUGAUUGCUGAUCACAAAGUUUCUGCUUGGUCAUUGAAAAAUCCCAUGUGGCUUAUUUCAGCCCUCUAUUGUGGAAUUUUGGGUUCUGCACUAGCUUUCUUCCUCUCUUCCUGGAGUAUUCAGAGAAAAGGCCCUCUUUACGUGUCGGUGUUCAGCCCCUUGCUCCUCAUCAUUGUGGCCAUUUCAAGUUGGGCUCUGCUUGAGGAGAAAUUAUACCUUGGAACUGCCAUAGGGUCGAUUUUGAUCGUUUGCGGGCUCUAUCUUGUUCUGUGGGGGAAGAACAAGGAGACGGAGGUUGAGAAGCCAACAAAAGAAACAGACACAACAAAGGCAGAUCAUGCCAAGGAGUAUGAGAGAAACGACUUGGAACUGCAGCUGCAAGUGCACUCCAAAAGCGACAGUGACGUUAUGGGAUGA